CGCCUCCUACCGGCGGGUGGGGCGCGCUCCGCUCCGCUCCGCUCCGCACCGCACCGCACCGCAGCGCGUGAGGCAGCGGGAGCCGCCGCCGCCGGGAUGGAGCCGCCGCGCGCCGCCGCGGGGCUGCUGCUGCUGCUGCUGCUGCUGCUGGCGGCCGGCGCCGUUCUGCAGCCGCCCCGGGAGCUGUGGGGGUACGUGGAAGUGCGGACCAAGGCCCACAUGUUCUGGUGGCUCUACUACGCGGACAGCCCCGCCGGCGACUUCACCGCGCUGCCGCUCGUGCUGUGGCUGCAGGGAGGUCCAGGAUCUUCAGGCUGUGGAUUUGGGAACUUUGAAGAGAUUGGUCCAUUAGACAAAGAAUUGAAACCGAGAAAUACAACCUGGUUGCAGGCAGCCAGUAUCCUGUUUGUGGAUAACCCUGUGGGUACUGGAUUCAGUUACGUAGAUGACUGUAGCUUGUUUGCCAAAAACCUUACUGCGGUAGUCUCUGAUAUGAUGGUGUUUCUUGGAGAAUUCUUCAAGUCUAGGACAGAAUUCCAGACCAUCCCGUUCUACAUAUUUUCUGAAUCUUAUGGAGGUAAAAUGGCUGCUGGCACUGCUGUAGAGCUGCAUAAGGCGGUUCAGAAAGGGAGCAUAAAGUGCAAUUUUGUUGGGGUUGCUCUUGGAGACUCAUGGAUUUCUCCUCUAGAUUCUGUGCUGUCUUGGGGGCCCUACCUUUAUAGCACCUCUCUGCUUGAUGAUCAAGGUCUAGCGGAGGUGACUGCAGUUGCCAAAGAAGUAAUGGUUGCAAUAAACAAAAAUCAAUACGGACUGGCCACUGAGCUCUGGAGCAAGGCUGAAGGUAUCAUUGAAGAGAACACAGACAAUGUGAACUUUUAUAACAUCAUGACUAAGGACGUUCCAGAAGUCGAAGCAAAUGAGCAAGAAAAUCUCCAUCUUGUUAGACUUUAUCAACGCCACGUCAAAAAUUUUCAUAAGGACAGCUUAAAGGAUUUGAUGAAUGGACCUAUCAGAAAGAAGCUAAAAAUUAUUCCAGACUGUGUGAAAUGGGGAGGUCAGUCCAAAGAAGUCUUCACAAACAUGGCUGAGGAUUUCAUGAAACCCGUCAUUGAUAUUGUUGAUCAGCUUUUGGCGGCUAAUGUCAAUGUUACAGUCUAUAAUGGGCAGCUGGAUCUCAUUGUUGACACCAUGGGCCAGGAAGCAUGGAUCAGGAAACUGAAGUGGCCUAAUUUGGAUCAGUUCAGCCGGCAAAGGUGGAAGGCUCUCUACGUGUCUCCAGAGUCCACUGAGACAGCCGCUUUCCACAAGGCCUAUGAGAACUUUGCUUUCUUCUGGAUUCUUAAGGCUGGGCACAUGGUACCAUCUGAUCAAGGAGAGAUGGCGCUGAAAAUGGUCAGGAUGGUGACCCAACAGAAGCACUAGGGAAAGGGAGGCCAGCUGGUAUGGCUUCCUGCCGAAUGCCACUGUUUUCGCAGAAUGCCAGUCCAGAAUGAAUAAGCCGCAGGAGGAACGAUUGCUAUUCAGACAUGUAUCCUCUCUGAUCUGGCUGAUAAUGUGUGCAGGCAUUUAUGGAAAGGCCUAUUUAUCCUUGAAUGAUUUGCUGCUUUUGAAUUUGUAAGCUGUGAUUUGCUGCCUUAAUAUUUCUCAUAAUGACUCUUCCAGUGGGAACUCCACUGUCAUAAGCAACUUGCUCUCGGAGCCUUUGCCUUUGGAAGGAUUUUGUGCUUUUGCAAAAUGCUGCCCUCCCCCGAACGCUCUCUGGUCUAAAAGCCUCUUGACUAAAGCUGAUCGGCUUCCUGAUAGAGUUGCUGUUUUUCCUGUCAGAGCGCAAGCCGGUUUCAUUAGGCCAUGGAACACUCCUUCCUUCGUCCUCAGGCCUCUGCUUGAGUCAUCCAGCUGGAUUAGAAGCUGAAGAUAAGGAGAUAGGAUAUGGAAUGAAGAUAUGGAUGUGACACAAUAGAAGACCUGCCCUAGAGGAUUUACAGUCCAUCGCAUCUCACUGAGGUGCCUGAGCUAGGAUCCAAAACUCUUCAGGCUUCCUGGGCUAUGGAGAGAGAUAAACACCCCUAGAGGAGGAUUUGACCUUUUUCAUCUGACCAAUUAUUUCUUCUUUUUGUUCUCCUCUUAAAUGACUGUCAACCAAAUUUUGCCUUUAACCUUAACACCUAACAGCAUAGCCAGCAGGAACUCCUGCUUUCCCUUAUGCUGAAGGGGAAGCCCUGUAACACCCUCUUCUUGAGCAGAAGAGAGUCCUAAUGGACAAAAGCCUCUGGCAAGGUUCUGAACUUCUAAGUGGAAAGAAGAGUAUUACCUGAGCAAUAAUAGCAUAAUUCUCAAAGAAAAUAGCCGUGUUUAAAAGAAGGUAUGCAAGCUUAGAACCAAUAUCCUUAUCCAUAUUUUUCUAGACCUUUAAGUCUUGCAGAGACCUAUUACUUUCCAACAAUUCUUUUUUUAUGAUACAGUGUCAAGAGAAGACUUGGUGAGACAUCAUUUGACCUCUGCUACGGAACACAAAGUGACUGGUCUUUAUCUGUGUCUGUAGGAGGCACAACAGCUUGUUCCAGUUGUUGGCAUCCUAAAUAAAUAGCAAACCUUCUAAUUUCUCCAGCAACUGAAACUAUCUGGAAAUGUUUAAUAGUGUUGGCUUAGCAAGGACUGAGUCAUAAUGCUGUGUGAACAUAUAUGCAAUCACCCAGCAGCUGGAGUAUCGGUACCUAAUAAUUGCCUUCCCUUUUCAUUUUCUCUGCUUGAACUGUAUUCAUGUGAACUUUGGCAAUGCAAAUCCAGAUUUUUUUUAAGACAAAAUUUUCAAUAAAUGCAGUAGGUCUUGUUUAA